AUGAGUGAUCACGAGAACUCAAAUAUUGACGAAGUCAUAGCUAAGAUAAAAACUCUGCCUCUUGCUUAAAGAGUCCAUGCAGUAGCUCUAUUCCAUAGUCUCAAACGAAAAUAAAAAUAUGAUGAAGAGUUAUAGGAAGAAAUUAACAAAGUCACCAAUUAAUAUGAUCGACUCAAUUUACCAAUAUACGAACAGCAAAAUGAAAUCAUAUUGGGAUAGAGAAUUCCAAAUGGAGUCGAAUUAGCUGAUUUGGCAAAAUAUGUAAAUGACACUGAAACACAAGAAGUCAAUGAAAAGAAUGUCGCAGAACCUUUGUCAGAAUAUUGGUACAAAGUACUUAAAAACUCAACUUUGAUAUCUGAAGUUUGUCAUGAUAACGAGAAGGAUUGGGAAGUGUUGAAAUUUCUUCAGAAAGUUGAAUUGGAACAUGAGGAGAACAAUAACAAUUUCACUGUUAAAUUGAGAUUCUUACCCAAUGAAUAUUUCACUAAUGAUGUACUCAAGAAGAGAUUCAUUUUUGAAAAGAAUGAAGACACUCCAGUAAAGAGUGAAUCUACUCACAUUAAUUGGAAGGAAGGAAAAAACAUAACUUAAAAGAAGGUUUCGAAGAAGUAGAAGAACAAGAAAACUGGAGCUUCAAGAAACGUGGACAAAGUGGUCGAUGCAGACAGUUUCUUCAAUUUCUUUAAAGACUUUGAUCUCACCAAUCAGAAGGAAUUGGAUGAAGAGGAAUUAUAGAAGUAGGAAGAUUUAAUGAAUGAACACUUUGAUAUUGCCACAGAAUUCUUAGAUUCUAUCGUUCCUAGUUCUUUGGAGUUGUAUUUGGGAUUGCAACCAGAAAUUGAUGGAAUGGAUGAGGAUGAUGAGGAAGAUGAUGAUGACAAUGAUGAGGAUACAGAUGACGAGGAUGAUAAAAAGAAAUCGAAAAGAAAGAAGUCGAGUGGCAGUAAAGGAGGCGAUAAUAAAAAAGCAGAGAAACCAGAAUGCAAAUAAUAAUGAAAUAAAUACAUAUUAAUUAAAACAAUCCUCUAUUUCAUGUUAAUUAAUAA